GGCAAUGAGCCCCUGACCAUCCUCCCUCUCACCACAGAGAUGGAGGAAGCCGCCAUCAAAGCCCACUACAAAGUGUGCGACCGUCUGAAGCUGGAAAAGAAGCAGCGUCGGAUGUGCCGCAGAGACCCCGGCGUGGCCGAGACCCUCAUGGAAGCCAUUAGCAUGAGUGCGCUGGAAUGCCAAUAUCAGUUCCGCUUCGAGAGGUGGAAUUGCACCCUGGAGGGGCGCUACAGGGCCAGCCUGCUGAAGAGAGGGUUUAAGGAAACUGCCUUCCUUUACGCCAUCUCUUCGGCGGGGCUGACCCACGCCAUGGCCAAAGCCUGCAGCGCCGGACGUAUGGAGCGCUGCACUUGCGACGAGGCCCCUGACCUGGAGAACCGCGAAGCAUGGCAGUGGGGCGGAUGUGGGGACAAUCUCAAAUACAGCAACAAGUUUGUCAAAGAGUUCCUUGGGAAGAAGUCCAACAAGGAUCUGAGAGCUCAGGUGGACUUCCACAACAAUUUGGUGGGGAUGAAGGUCAUCAAAGCUGGAGUGGAGACCACUUGCAAAUGCCACGGGGUGUCCGGCUCAUGCACCGUCCGGACGUGUUGGCGCCAGCUGUCUCCGUUCCAUGAGAUCGGCAAGCAGCUCAAGCAGAAGUACGAGGUGGCCCUCAAGGUGGUGAGCACCACCAACGAGGCCACGGGAGAAGGAGACAUCUCGCCGCCGAAGAAAUCGGUCCUGGGUCACGGCGACCAAAUCCCCAGGACUACAGAUCUGGUUUAUCUUGACGACUCUCCGAGCUUUUGCUUGACCAGUCGGUUCUCCUCCGGGACGUCCGGACGGAAGUGUUACAAAGACAAGAACUGCGACAGCAUCUGCUGUGGACGGGGGCACAACAUCCAAAGCCGCGUGGUCACUCGCCCGUGCCAAUGUCAAGUCCGCUGGUGCUGUUACGUGGAGUGUAAGCAGUGUACUCAAAGGGAGGAGGUUUACACCUGCAAGGACUGA